GUCACGGUAUUCAGCAUCAGCAUCAAUCUCUUAAGUAUAUGGCUCAAGCACCACCCACACCUCCUCCCAUGAGCGCAACAGAACUUCGUGAUGAAGCUCGAGAUUCCAUCAUUGCUUCCUCGGCGGAAUCCUCGGAUCCCACCGUAUCAUCCAACAGUUCAGGCAGCGCGGCUGAAAUCCCCCCACAACUCCCCGCUGCCCAAGAUAUAUACCAACAAAUUUUCCCCCAGCUAUCUGAUCUGGCCGAGCAAAGGAACUUCAUUGGCAUUACUAAUAUCGCUGAACUUCACGACUUGAACGGUUCAAACGACAAAAGCUACUCUAGACUACUUUUGAUUGCCCCCUUGGUCCUAGCUUAUAUGGUGCUGGAUGACUUAACACCUGCUCAACAUGCCCUUGCACGCUUACCUGAAAAUGUGUCUUUGCAUCCACUGUCGCGUGCACUCGCGGCACUCUUGGCAUCCGCUUCGGAACGAAAGUAUGAAAAUACUUACUCGCGAGCCCAAGAGCUUUUCCAGAUGUCGCAGCAAAGCGACUUCCCUGAUCCAAGGCUGGGAAAAACUGUCGGUCUGCUAGUCAACGACUUCCUCGAUGCAUUCCGCAAGAACACGUUCACGCUUGUUUCGCGAGCGUUUGCAUGCCUCCACGUUACGGAAGCCCAGAAAUUACUUGGGCUGGGACGAAAGGAAGUGCUUGCAAUCGCGAACAACAACCACUGGCAGUUCGACAGCGCCAGUGGUAUAUUGCGACCUCCGAAUGCUUCUCUGCCCGCUCUCAUUGCUUCAAAACCUGUACUGCCGUCCUCAGUGAUGACUUUCGAUCUUGUUGUGAACGGUGUUACAACCUCAGAAGUAUAUUGAUGCUAGUAGACGUCUCUAUUGCAACAUCCACAAUGGAAUUACAAUCGUGCAAAACUUGACA